AUGUCACAUCUUCCCUCGUCCCUGGCCGGUGGCCGGCGAGGCCGCAAUCAGCCAAAACAGGCCGCCAUAAUCGAGACAAACGCCUCCCGUUACGAGCGUCCGAUCGUCUGGAAAUGUCGCUGGCUGGACGGCUGGCUGGGAAUGUACGCGCAGACAAAUUUCAUGUUGAAUGACGGCGUGGGCCUUGCCAAAUACGCCGCCCCGUCGGAGCUCCAGAUGCACUGGGCCCUGCGCAUCGGCCCUUAUCUAUACGAGCUGAUCACCGAUGAGAGCAUGGGGAUUUCGUGGCGAUACGUGGAUGAGACUCGCUGGGAGUCCUGGAAGUCUGCUACUCCUGAUAGAGUUGUAGGAGAGACCUGCGCGACGGAUACUGAGCUGGCACAAAUGGCCGAGGAAGUGAUCUCGCAAAUGCAAUGCCGUGACCCUGUGUCCUCCUCUCCUACAGCCAAGUACAACUUCGUCAGGAACAACUGCCACACCUUCGCCCUCCGACUGCUUGAGAACACCAUCAACUCGGAUAUUGGAGCACUUGAUAUGCGUGCCUUUGCAGGAUAUGAUGUCGGAACAGUGGGAACAUCUGCAUCGCCCGCCUUUGCAGGCUGGAGGAAGAUGAAUGCCGUCUCGAGCCACCACAGCGUGCCGGAACUAUGGGGCUCUCCAAGUGCGUACCUUCGAGCGGUCUCGGAUAUGGCCAAGGGCAAGCUGAGAGAAAGACAUUUUGAGGUUCUCCUGCCUGACUACCAGGGCGGCGCUGUUGCGGAAGAGAGGUCCAGCAUACAAGCAUUGAUCGCUGCUGUUUACGGCCCGUCUGGCUGA